CAGGCCUGGGGGAGGGAAGAGGCCUGGAGAAGGAGGAGGGAAAAAGGGGCUGUGGGAUUUAGUGGGUGGGCUGCACCCCCCCGGGGGGCAGCAGAGCCCAAUGGGUCAGAAGGGCCACAAAGACUCCCUUUACCCUUGUGGAGGGACUCCUGAGAGCAGCCUCCACGAGGCCCUGGACCAGUGCAUGACCGCCCUGGACCUUUUCCUCACCAACCAGUUCUCAGAAGCACUCAGCUACCUCAAACCCAGAACCAAGGAAAGCAUGUACCACUCGCUGACGUAUGCCACCAUCCUGGAGAUGCAGGCCAUGAUGACCUUUGACCCUCAGGACAUCCUGCUCGCCGGCAACAUGAUGAAGGAGGCACAGAUGCUGUGUCAGAGGCACCGGAGGAAGUCUUCUGUAACAGAUUCCUUCAGCAGCCUGGUGAACCGCCCCACGCUGGGCCAAUUCACUGAAGAGGAAAUCCACGCUGAGGUCUGCUAUGCAGAGUGCCUGCUGCAGCGAGCAGCCCUGACCUUCCUGCAGGGUUCCUCACAGGGAGGGGCAGUCAGGCCCAGAGCCUUGCAUGAUCCCUCAGCCUACGGCUGCCCACCUGGGCCAGGCGGUCAGCAUCUUUUCCUCCUGCAGGACGAGAACAUGGUGAGCUUCAUCAAAGGUGGCAUCAAAGUUCGAAACAGCUACCAGACUUACAAGGAGCUGGACAGCCUUGUCCAGUCCUCACAGUACUGCAAGGGUGAGAACCACCCGCACUUUGAAGGAGGAGUGAAGCUCGGUGUGGGGGCCUUCAACCUGACAUUGUCCAUGCUUCCUACUAGGAUCCUGAGGCUGCUGGAGUUCGUGGGCUUUUCAGGAAACAAGGACUAUGGGCUGCUGCAGCUGGAGGAGGGCGCGUCAGGACACAGCUUCCGCGCUGUGCUGUGUGUCAUGCUCCUGCUGUGCUACCACACCUUCCUCACCUUCGUGCUCGGUACUGGGAACGUCAACAUCGAGGAGGCCGAGAAGCUCUUGAAGCCCUACCUGAACCGGUACCCUAAGGGUGCCAUCUUCCUGUUCUUCGCAGGGCGAAUUGAAGUCAUUAAAGGCAACAUUGAUGCAGCCAUCCGGCGUUUCGAGGAGUGCUGUGAGGCCCAGCAGCACUGGAAGCAGUUCCACCACAUGUGCUACUGGGAGCUGAUGUGGUGCUUCACCUACAAGGGCCAGUGGAAGAUGUCCUACUUCUACGCCGACCUGCUCAGCAAGGAGAACUGCUGGUCCAAGGCCACCUACAUUUACAUGAAGGCCGCCUACCUCAGCAUGUUUGGUAAGGAGGAGUACAAGCCAUUCGGGGACGACGAGGUGGAAUUAUUUAGAGCUGUGCCAGGCCUGAAGCUCAAGAUUGCUGGGAAAUCUCUACCCACAGAGAAGUUUGCCAUCCGGAAGUCCCGGCGCUACCUCUCCUCCAACCCUAUCUCGCUGCCAGUGCCUGCUCUGGAAAUGAUGUACAUCUGGAAUGGCUACGCUGUGAUUGGGAAGCAGCCGACACUCACAGAUGGGAUGCUUGAGAUCAUCACCAAGGCGGAAGAGAUGCUGGAGAAAGGCCCAGAGAACGAGUACUCAGUGGAUGACGAGUGCUUGGUGAAAUUGUUGAAAGGCCUGUGUCUGAAAUACCUGGGCCGUGCCCGGGAGGCCGAGGAGAAUUUUAGGAGCAUCUCUGCCAAUGAAAAGAAGAUUAAAUAUGACCACUACUUGAUCCCAAACGCCCUGCUGGAGCUGGCCCUGCUGUUUAUGGAGCAAGGCAGAAAUGAAGAGGCCAUCAAACUCUUGGAAUCUGCCAAGCAAAACUACAAGAAUUACUCCAUGGAGUCAAGGACACACUUUCGAAUCCAGGCAGCCACACUCCAAGCCAAGUCUUCCCUAGAGAACAGCAGCAGAUCCAUGGUCUCAUCAGUGUCCUUGUAGCUUUGUGCAGCAGUUCUGGGCUGGAAGACAAACAGACAGCUGGACAGAGCUCCUGGAAACAUUUCAAAAGAUCCCCUCCCCCUGCCCUGCCCUGCCUUUGGGGUCCACCGGCGCUCCAGUUGGAUGGCACGACAUGGGUAUCUGUGCAGAAGCCAAGCUUUUCACCAGUGUGGCCAAGGGCCUUUGCCAAGGGCAGAGCAGGUGGAGCCCUCUGCCUGCCUAUCACACAUACGGGUACUUGCUUUUCACUGUGAUGUUUAAGAGAAUGUAUGAACAGUUUACAUUUUCCUUAGAAAUACAUUGAUGGGAUCACAGUUGGCUUUAAAAACCAACAACCACCAACCACCUGUAAGUCUUUGUCUUCACCUAUUAUCAUCUGGAGGUAAAUCUCUUUAUAUGAUGAUGCCAAAGGGCAAAUUGCUUUUCAAAUUCAGCAAGUUCUCAACUUGUGUGACUGAAGGGCCUUCAGAGGACCUGAGGAGUGCCUGGGAGAGGCUGAGCCUCAGGCUUCAAUGCUUCUGGGGUUGGGCACGAGGAUGCACACAGACAUCCACUACCUUACUACUCACACUUCAUUUCACUCCUUUUGUAAAUUUCCAAUUUAAAAAUCAAGCACGUCUUUUUAGUGAGAUAAAAUCUGAGCUCUUGUGUAGAAAAAUCCAUCUCCACCAGUAGGAAAUGCCAUGGCUUGAUGGAAGAGCCGUGUGGCCCUUUCUAUGCGAAAGCCAGGAAUUUUGGGGGGCAGGAGGAGGUUCUCAGAAUCAAGUCUGUAUCUUUGCUGUAUGCCAAACUGAAACCACUGGGAAUAAUUUAUGAAAGAUAAAAAUCUUCUGUACUUCACUCCAAGGUACAUUUACUUACUGAUAGCAUUUUUCUUAGAACUGUUAUUCUUGA